CCCUGAGAAAUAUAAAGCAGGAAGAGGGGCAUAUACCUGACAGUCUCUACACAACUUUGCAAUAGUUUCACAAAAGUUAAAGAGUAGAGGAUAAAUAGUGUCGAAGCUCAGAUCAUUCAGACAUGAGUGGAUGAGUCAUGUGAAUUAUAGUCUUGGACAGUGCCAAGAGAAGACAAAAAAGCGACGCUGGAAGUCAAAGAUCAGAGGCCCUUGGACUGCAUCGUGAAAUGCUGCCUUUCAUGCUGGCUCUGUGUCUGUAAGGAUCAUUUCUCUCAGAUUUUAUGGGAUUUUAUAAUGUAGCAUCAAAAGAGUUUUUUUUCAGCAUAACUCAAAUCCACUGCCAGUGACUUUAAAAUGGGGACUAGCAACUCUAGACCAAAGAUUUGCAAAGUCACACCAAAAGAGGAAGAGCCUUUCCGUCAAGCAGCCUCACCAAGGAUGAUCACUGCUGUGCAACAUUUACCAAAACACCAGCAGGGAAUUCUGGGACACCAACAGAUCAGCCAGCUGCCACCGCUCAAGCAGCAUGUAUCUCAGAUUGUUCCACCACCAGGAUCACAGAAUCUAUAUGCUAACCCAAUCCACAGCAUCAUCAAGUCUCAUCCACCACAAAGAGCAAAGGCAUGGCAACCAAUAGCAUUGGAGCCACCAGCAGUGUCUAAGGCUUCUGAUGAACAUGUUUCUAUGGAAUGGAGAAAUGGGGUUGUCCCCCAAUAUUCCACUCCACGUCAGGGAAGGCGCUGUGGCGGUGGCAGCAGCCUACAGAGAAGCCAGGGAGGGUUCCUGCAAGCACAGACACUCCUGAUUGGUCAAGCAACCAAGAAGCGUCAAUCCCAUCAGAGGCACCUUAGGAAGCAGCGAAGAAUUUAUACCUCCAGUAUUGGAGGCGCUGGUAAUGUGCAGACAGAAAGAAUCCGACUGGUGUCCAGGCCAACUCAAAGAGACAUCUUCUGGGACGAGACAAAGGGACAGAAUCUGGACCUCAGGGAGCUCCUGCAGCCAAGCCCUCAACUGACAGAUCCAGAUUCUGGAAUGGAAGAAAUGACAACACAACUAAAAUCAGAUGUUGGACUGAAGGGUAAUUCAGGCAGUUUCUCCAGGGACUUGAAUGAAAGUGUAGAAAAAUCGUCAGAAAGAAUAACACAGCAGACUUUACCUUGGCUUGAGGACUUUCGAAAGCAUGAACAGAAACAUUUAAAUUCUAGGGACUUACUGGAGGGCCGGUGGGGAUGCAAACAGUGGCUAGACAUGCCCAGGGAACAUCGUGAAAAGGAAGAGAGGGAAAUGGGUGGGAAUACUACUGGUCGGGUAGAUUCUGUUCACCAGAAAUGGAACAGCUGGGGACAAACCCACAUAGGUUAGAUAUUGAUGUGGAUUUAAAGAUACAAAUGAAUAUCCUUGACUAACCCCACUGCUUUUGAGCUGAUGAUUCAAUAUAUACGGGGUCCAGGGGAUAGGCACCCUAAUGGUAAUGUAUCUGGCUACAAAGGCACCAAAAAAAUAAGUAAGUAAAUUAAUAAAUAAGAUUUGUCUGAAAAAGAAAUGUUACAUUUUUAUUCUACAGCAAUCUACAUGGUUUAAGUGUUUUAUCUGCAGCCUUGACCACUGAACACCAUUGUUUAACAAAUGCAGUAUUUGCUAAUGCAAAUACAUUAAGCUGGCCAAGCGAUGUGCUAAAGUCCAUUUGUGUGGUGAGAAAGUGACUAAUGUCUAAUGUUUAACUCUCCUUAAUUUCAGGGCAAAUGAUUAAAAAUUAUUGUUCCAUGACCAAAUAUCAUGAGCCACUUAUUAAAAGUGAAAUGUUCUCUCAAAAAAGGCUUUAAUCCAGAAAUAAACCUAUGUCCGUUGAUAUGCUGGGCAGGCAAAGCAAAGCUUCAUGGUGGCUUUCCUGUUCCCAGCUCUCCUGAAAACAAUGUGCUAGCUGCUGCUGAAUGGUUCCCAGCUGACAUAAUUAUCAUGAUAAAAUACACAUUCAUUUUGGUUGUACUGUGGUCUUUAUCCAGUAGAAAUAUGAAUUUAACACCAAUUUAAAUGAGUUGCUAAUUAGCAACCACAAAUAAAUCCAGUGUGAGAGGCUGCAGGUCGCUUAAUUACACAGUGCUGAGAGAAAUAUGUGGUGAAUUUGAUCUUAAACCUAAUUUUCAGUGUAAUACAUCUUCUCAUAAGAAAGGCAGUGUAUUGUAAAAUAACAUCAAUAAUGCAAUGCAUAAUUGUCAUUUUCUUCUCAGUCACCUAAUAUUUACAAAGGAUAUGAUAAGACAAUACAGGUAAUCAUGUACAAAUAAAAAGACAAGGUAAUAAUCAAGCAAAGCAGAUAGCAAUAAAUCACUACACAUUUGCAAUAAAAAAUCAAAUAAUUUAUUUAUACUUUUUAAACAAAGUCUGUUGUCCACUUGAAAUCAAAUAAAAUUUGCAAGAAUUGUUGUAAGAGGCAAGAGUGAAUGGAAGAUGAAUGGGAUGACAAAACAUGUGGACCAUACUGUACUUCCCAACUCCAUGACUCCAUGAGGUGCACGUCUCCUUUUUUUUUUUUUUUUUUUUUUUUUUAAUUAAUCAGAAGCAACUAGGAACAAGAUCA